AUGGUUAUAGUAUUCGUUUCUUUGUUGAUAGCAUUGGUUAUGUCCGGUCCGAUCGUGGUUGAGGCACGUGCGUUUUACGUGUUUGGCGACUCACUCGUGGACAGUGGCAACAACAACUAUCUGGUGACAACUGCACGUGCCGAUUCUCCGCCGUAUGGAAUCGAUUUUCCAACUCGGAGACCAACCGGCCGGUUUUCCAACGGUCUUAACAUUCCAGAUCUUAUCAGUGAAGCAAUCGGCAACGAUGAGCCACCGUUACCGUACCUGAGUCCAGAGCUAAGGGGCCGGAGGCUGCUUAAUGGUGCCAACUUUGCCUCUGCCGGUAUCGGAAUUCUCAACGAUACCGGCUUUCAAUUCAUAAACAUUAUAAGAAUGAACCAACAACUCGACUAUUUCCAACAAUACCAACAACGUGUGAGUCGUUUGAUUAGUAGACCGCGAACGCAGCGGCUCGUGAGUCAAGCGCUUGUACUAAUCACCGUCGGCGGCAACGAUUUCGUCAACAACUAUUUCUUGGUGCCGUAUUCCGCUAGAUCGCGCCAAUUUUCUCUACCUGACUACGUUCGGUUACUAAUUUCCGAAUACAAGAAAAUACUUAUGAGAUUAUAUUCGCUUGGAGUGGGUCGAGUUCUAGUGACCGGAGCCGGACCACUAGGAUGUGCACCGGCCGAGCUAGCUAGAACAACCUCGUCCAAUGGGAGAUGCUCGGCCGAGCUACAACGAGCAGCGUCCCUAUACGAUCCUCAACUACUCCAAAUGAUAAAUGAGAUUAACAGAAAGAUUGGGAAAAACGUGUUUAUUGCCGCAAACAUUAAUCAAAUGCAAACGGAUUUUCUAAGCACUCCACGAACCUAUGGAUUUAUCACGUCGAAGGUUGCUUGUUGCGGACAAGGGCCGUAUAAUGGGAUGGGGUUGUGUACGGUAUUGUCAAACUUGUGUCCAAACCGAGAGUUAUAUGUGUUUUGGGACGCGUUUCAUCCGACUGAGAAAGCAAACCGCAUGAUAGUCCGUCAUAUCUUGACCGGAUCCACCAAGUAUAUGAACCCUAUGAACCUUAGCUCUGCUCUUGCCCUAUGA